AUGCGAACAGUUCCUUCGGACACGGCGACUACUCCAGUAACAGCAGCCCCCACAGUCACAAGCACGGUGAGUUUUCGUCCGUUCUUUCUGUUUUUCUAAAGUUUAGAAGUUAAAUAAUGGUCAUGCAAUUACAAGUUUCUAGUAUAACUUUUGACUUUUUGCAGACGAUUCCCGCCUCAUUACGAUCAAAUAGGUCAAUUUGGAUUGAGACAAGAGAUAAGAAGAAAAAAAAACGUUCCCUGUGGCCCUAGUCUCCCAGUUCUUCUGGCGUUUGUAGAGAUUCAAUCAAAACAGAUGAGAAUAAGAAGAUGAUUUUUAUUUGUUUAAAGAUCUUAGCCGAGAAGAAAAACAUUAAUCAUUUGAUUUGUUUGUCUUCGUUUUUAGGUAAAGUCAAACUGCGUUAUAAAAUUUUUUAUACCCACUUUGUAUAAAUUUGAUAUUCAAAAGUACUAAGGUUUUCUCCGGCAAAGUAGUAGUUAAUUGUUGGUAAAGUGGAGAACGGCAGCAAAAAGAACCCCUUCAUCGAUCUUUUUUCCAGAAUUUUAAAGGCUCAAGAAAUGGUAGAAAAUGUGAAAGCAGCAAAAAUGAUUAAUAAAAGCCGAGGAAAUGGCGCAAAAAGACAGCGUAAAGGAACCUUGGUCACUCUUAAAGCAAAAUUCCUAAGGAUCUAUAUGGAUCCUUUUCAGACGCUUUCGACCUGUGUUCACUUGAAAGCAUGUGUUUGAAAUUUCACAGAUAACUGAAGCUACAACUACUCCAACGACACAAAUGACAUCAACUACCACAGUGACUACGACCACGACUAGUGGUAAAAUAAACUUGCUAAUCAUCUCUCAUUCUAAAUUAUGAGAAUCCAGAAGGUUUGCGGUGCGAAAAAUUAGUUACCUGGAAAAAAAUAUUCAAAAAAAGUUCUUUAGUUUCUUUUUAUUUCAUAAAUUUUCGCAGGAUGUCUUUGCAAGCCGGAAUCGUUGCAAGUCACUCCGAUGGAGAUGAAUGAAUACUCACCAGUAAUUAGGUCAGUCACUAUAAAUUCAAAAAAACAAUUUUUAAAAAAAAUUGAGUCAGCACAAAUUUUAUAAGAAUAAGAUUAAUUUCAUAAUUUCAGUGGGAAUUCCUGUACGGCAACAGUAACAUGUACAUCUCCUACUGGAAGCUGUACGGCUGCUCUAGUGAGUCAAUUGCUACAAACGAAAUAACGUUUUUUAUCAGCAUUAGUCGCUAUCGACGAAAAAUGCGUUAUGUUUUUAUGGUUUUUCUGAUUUCGAGGUUUUUAAGUUUCAAAUCAUCUAAAAAAAAAUAUUUUUUCCAAAAAAUCAAUCUUAGUACAGUUUGGUAGAAAACUUUCGUUUAAAAGAAGAUCUUCAGAUACACAACAACGGAGCACAGGCUGGAACUAUCAGUGAUAACAUCGGAGUCGCAACCUUCACCGUUAUGUGCAAUGCGGAAGGCCUUUGGUUCUAUGAUGAUGAAGGCGAACCUUUUUCAGAGUUAGUUUUCAUUUGAGUUUUUUCCGAGCUCUUCUUUUCGUUCCGAAAUCUACAGAUUUAUUCAAAAAAAAAGUGUGUGUCGACAAUAACCUGUUUUACAGUUUCAACGGCAUCUCAUGUGCUGAUAUGUCAACAGACUGCAAUUAG